AUGAAGAUCAAAAUAGGCAGAUUGUUUCUCAAAUCCAGAAAGACGAAGCUGAGCCGCAGUGUGCUGCACAUCAAAGUCCCCAGCCUACUUCCCCUAGUUCGCCGUUUAUUUUGCUGCGUGCGGUCGAAAAUAUCGUCUUGCAAGUCUCGUGGUCGAAUCCCGCUCAACACUCAAACCCUAGGUCGUCCAUUGCCGAAGGUUGUUCCGCAGGGGUGCGUAGCCAUUCAGGUAGGGCAAGAGCAGCAGCGUUAUGUGAUUCCGAUACUGUACUUAUCCCAUCCCUUCAUUACAAAGCUGCUGAUGGAGGCGGAGAAUGAAUUCGGCUACGAGCAAAGGGGAACCCUCACUCUUCCCUGUGAGCUCGAUGAUUUAGAGCAGCUCAAAUGGCUGAUUGACAGAGAAGAAACUCCGAACUUCCAUCGCAAACACAUUUGA